AUGGAUUCGAUAGAACCAGAACAAACCCCUUUCGCGGCUGUGAGCGCGCAGACUUCAAAGAUAGGACGUCAAUACCAAGCUUGGUUAGAUAAAUCAACACCAUAUGUUCCUUAUAGAUGGUUGGCUACAUUCGGGCUUCUUAUGAUAUUCUUCAUUCGCAUAUUCGUCGCACAAGGGUGGUAUAUUGUGGCAUACUCUCUUGGAAUCUACCUUCUUAACCUCUUUCUCGCAUUCCUUCAACCUAAGUUCGACCCCUCCAAUGAAGCUAUCGAUAAUGAUAUGGAAGAUGGAGCUGCUGGUGGAUUACCAACUAAACAAGAUGAAGAGUUCCGCCCAUUUAUCAGAAGACUUCCUGAGUUUAAGUUCUGGCAUUCAGCGACAAGAGCAAUCGGAAUUGGUUUCGCUUGUACUUGGUUCGAGAUUUUCGAUGUACCGGUGUUCUGGCCAGUGUUGGUUGUUUAUUGGUUGAUUCUGUUCACAUUGACCAUGCGCAGACAAAUUCAACAUAUGAUUAAAUACCGAUAUGUGCCAUUCUCGUUCGGCAAGACUAAGUAUACCAAGAACAGCUCGUAAACUCAAUUGGUUUCAGGAAGCAACGAAUAAAUGACCUGCUUGGGCGACGACAGAAUUUGAGAAAUGAUAGCAAUGCUAUCUUGUGUACAAACAGCUGUACUUCAUAUGUGUUCAUGAGAGGAUUUGGGGAGCAGGAGGCGAAACCCUUACUGAUUUUAAUCGCAAUUUUCUCUGUUCCAGUAUACUUAGGGGUUUUCUAGGACAUUCAAGGGUCGGUAUAGCUGAAAAGCUAUCGGGAAAUAGAUGAUACGAGCUAGUCGAAGUCAAGAGAAGAGCAGCAUCAUCACAACAUCGCAUCUCUCAAGCUCUUCGAAACAUUAGCAAAGCUUCAAAAAGAUCCUUCUGAAGACCCCAAAUUCCUUUUGGACAUUAUUCCAGAAUUUCAAGGUCGCGCAACCAAAUGAUAUCUAGCAUACUCAACUUGUCUCCUUUGAUAUCUAUUUCUGGGUGUGUGGUUCGUAUAUCGUGAACAUAUCUUUCCAAACACUCUUCGCCUAGACUGCAUCUUUCUAUGUAAAUCCUUUCUCAAAACAUCUUAGCUAGGCUCUAAUGUGCAUGUAUGUGA